GACCUAAUGCCUCAACAAUAUCUCUCUUUUCCCCUCCCUCAUUAGUAAGAAAACUUUCAGUUUGUUACUACUUAGCUUCAGGUUCAGCUAGUAGCUACCUACUCCAUAAAAAGCCAUUCCUUGUGAUUUGUAUCCCAUCAUAACAUAACACCAUGAAAAGAAUGGACUUGUUCUGUUCUUCCCCUGCUUCUACAGCAGUAACUUCUAGUUUUGUGUUACACCGAAGCAGAAGCACCAAAACCUACGACCAUGAUCGAAGGAAAACCCAGCUUCAUGUUCCUUGUUCAUCUCAAUUGCCCAUUAAUCCCAAACCUUACUUCGAGAAGCACAGAAAGAGUACUUCAUCAGAUAAUAAGCAACACAACAGUGAAACACGUAGAAAAAGCUCUGUUGAAGUCAAUGACCUAUAUACUCAAUAUCCCAUUACUACUGAUUCUUCUUCCAGGAGGCAUCUACUUGGUGAUGUUCCACUCAUUGAUUGGGUUUCUGAGUCUAAGAAAAUCACAACAAUGGCUUCUUCUCCGCAUGGUGCUAAAGCCAAGCCUAUGGUUUUGACCAGGAACGAUUCUUCUUCAGCUCAUUCCAAGGACCAGGUAGUGGUUUUGAGGGUAUCAUUGCACUGCAAGGCCUGUGUAGGAAAAGUUAGAAAGCAUAUUUCAAAAAUGGAAGGAGUGACAUCAUUCAACAUAGACAUGGUGACAAAGAAAGUGACGAUCAUUGGAGAUGUGAGCCCACUUGAUGUGGUGGCGAGUGUGUCCAAGGUGAAGAAAGCACAGCUAUGGCAAUCACCAACAUCGUCAGUGCUAUCAUCAUCUUCUACGCCAAUAUCUCUGUGGUCCACAUAAUCACUUAUUAGUUGAACAUUGAGAAUUUUUCUUUGACCUCUUCCUUUUUUUCCCUCUAGUUUGUUGUUGUUUGAUGCACCUACUUGGAUGUGCAUAUUUGUAUGAUUAGAUAGUUUGAUGCUUUGUCAAGCUUAAUGUGUACGAGUUGUGUAAAUGAAUAACCCUUCUAGCUACUCUUUUAGUUGUUUACUGAUCACUGCUUGUUGGAGCUA